GCCGGACGCGGGUCAGCUUGGUCCAGGCCGGGUCGCAGCUGAAGGCCGGCGAGCGGGCCCGCCUCGCGCCCUCGCGCCCCCCCGGAGCUGGAGCCGGCGGCGGACGACGGGAGCCUCCUCUGCCCUGGAUGGAGCUGAACUUCCCGCGGCCGGAGGAGCGCGCUCGCCCGGGCGCCGCUGCGCGCUGAGCUCCCGGCGAGACCCGGCGGCCGCUUUGGAUUUGGGGGGGCGGGGACCAGCUGCGCGCCGGCACCAUGUUCCUGGCCACCCUGUACUUCGCGCUGCCACUCCUGGAUUUGCUGCUGUCGGCCGAGGUGAGCAGCGGGGACCGCCUGGACUGCGUGAAGGCCAGUGACCAGUGCCUGAAGGAACAGAGCUGCAGCACCAAGUACCGCACGCUGAGGCAGUGCGUGGCGGGCAAGGAGACCAACUUCAGCCUGACAUCCGGCCUCGAGGCCAAGGAUGAGUGCCGCAGCGCCAUGGAGGCCCUGAAGCAGAAAUCGCUCUACAACUGCCGCUGCAAGCGGGGCAUGAAGAAGGAGAAGAACUGCCUGCGCAUCUACUGGAGCAUGUACCAGAGCCUGCAGGGAAAUGACCUGCUGGAAGAUUCUCCAUACGAGCCGGUUAACAGCAGGCUGUCGGACAUAUUCCGGGCAGUCCCAUUCAUAUCAGAUGUCUUCCAGCAAGUGGAACACAUUUCCAAAGGGAACAACUGUCUGGACGCAGCCAAGGCCUGCAACCUGGAUGACACGUGCAAGAAGUACAGGUCUGCCUACAUCACGCCGUGCACCACCAGCAUGUCCAAUGAGGUGUGCAACCGCCGGAAGUGCCACAAGGCCCUCAGGCAGUUCUUCGACAAGGUCCCCGCCAAGCACAGUUACGGCAUGCUCUUCUGCUCCUGCCGGGACGUUGCCUGCACCGAGCGCCGGCGGCAGACCAUUGUGCCCGUGUGCUCCUACGAGGAGAGGGAGAAGCCCAACUGCCUGAACCUGCAGGACUCCUGCAAGACCAACUACAUCUGCAGAUCUCGCCUUGCAGAUUUUUUUACCAACUGCCAGCCAGAGUCCAGGUCAUCCAGCAGCUGUCUUAAGGAGAACUAUGCAGACUGCCUCCUGGCCUACUCGGGACUGAUUGGCACAGUCAUGACUCCCAACUACAUAGACUCCAGCAGCCUCAGUGUGGCCCCCUGGUGUGACUGCAGCAACAGUGGCAAUGAUCUGGAGGAGUGCCUGAAGUUCCUGAACUUCUUUAAGGACAAUACGUGUCUCAAAAAUGCAAUUCAAGCCUUUGGCAAUGGCUCCGAUGUGACCAUGUGGCAGCCAGCCCUCCCAGCACAGACCACCACUGCCACCACUACCACUGCCUUCCGGGUCAAGAACAAGCCUCUAGGGCCAGCAGGGUCUGAGAAUGAAAUCCCCACACACGUUUUGCCACCUUGUGCAAAUUUGCAGGCACAGAAGCUGAAAUCCAAUGUGUCGGGCAAUACACAUCUCUGUCUUUCUGAUCAUGAUUACGAAAAGGAUGGUCUCGCUGGAGCGUCCAGCCACAUAACCACAAAAUCAAUGGCUGCUCCUCCCAGCUGCGGCCAGGGUGCACUGCUGGUGGUUACCGCUCUGGCCACCCUGUUAUCUCUAUCAUUGGCAGAAACAUCGUAGCUGCAUUCAGAAAACAAUAUGAAGAGACAAAAGAGAAAGAAAAGAAAAACAAGUAAUCUGUUUCCUGUCCUCUUGUAUAUCUGAAAAUCCAGUCUUAAAAGCUCGGUUUCAUCCAACUGGAACUCUUCUGUUUUUAAGAAAGCUUCUUGUGACCCUUAGGGGCUUCUGUGGAACAGUUGCUGCAGGGCUAAUUCCAAACUCAGAAGGCUCUGGGGCGUGGGGUGGCUCAAGGGGACCAUUUGUACAUGGGACUGUGAAGCAAGCCGAGGUUAUGUUUUUGAUGGUGAUGGUGAUGGAGAUGAUGAUUUUAACAGCUUAAACCCUGUUCUCUCCACUGGCUAGAGCAGGAGAUGCGAUUGAUAAAGCUUCCUCCACAUAUUAUGUAAUGGCUUUGAAUCCUGAUGACAUGACUGCAGCCUAAUGUGGAUGACAGGUGAAGGUUGGCCUCAGGAGUGGACUCUGUGGACUGUGUCUUGUCCUGUUGUUCACCUUUCUAUGUGUUCUCCAUGGAGUGUUUAUGUACCACACACAGUUUUGUGCUUUCCAGCAGAACAGAAAAUCCCUGGUUACACCUAAAUGGAGAACUGGUCAUUUAGUCCAGUACAGGAGAGUGGGUGUGGCCCUCACACAGCACCUGAUGGUUGACUGAGCUUUGCCUGAGUGAGAAGCCCUUAAACUAACAAGAGCGAGACAUGCUGAAGCGCAGCAACUCCUAAUGCUUUUCACGCUUAUGAGGCUACAUGGAGAGAAGGGGUUACUUUACCCUUCAGUGAUUCCAGAUACUGGCUUUCUACAUUUUGGAAGUAACAAAUCUGUCCUCAUUUUUAACUGAUGCUUCAAUACAUGCCAUGUGUUCUCCUCUCCUCAGUAGUCCUAGCUCCAGCACUAACUUCAUGGAUAUGGUUCUCAAAAGCUGGUCCCAAGGAGCCCUAUGCCUUAGCAGAAAGCUGAGUUACAGUUCUGUGGACAGGGAGGAGGAGGCAGAGCAGCCAGCCCAUGUCUUGUAUGGCUGUAUACAUGUAUGGAACAGGUUGUACUGGUAGAGGGUGUCACUGUUUGAUGGCUCCACUUGGCAAAUGACACAGUCCCGGGCCUGAUUUUAUUUUCAUGUUGUCUGGCAGAGGCAGCGUUGCUUUGGACUGGCACAGGGAUGAGAUGGAGAUGUGCUGCCUUCUCUUUCAAAGUUGACCCCUGCCAGGAGACAGUGUCUUUGUUCCUGACUGCAGCACCACAUAGCACACUUUGGUUUUGAGGUCAUCAAGCAUCUUCUGUAUCUGGUUCUAGGACCUUCAUGAUGGACAAUCCAGGAAAAAAA